GUAGAGUAAGAGCAGCCGUAGUAAUUUGACAUGCAUUGAGACCACAUUCUGUGUCACCGUGACAGAAGAAGCUGCUGCUGCCGCGCGUCCGACGGAGAGGGAAUACUGCAACUGUACCGGACUCGUUUCAUCCAACCGUUUAUAACGACAGCAGCCCCGGGCAAUGACAUUAACCUAUUGAAAGAGGAAUACUAGAAGGAAAACGCAAAGAUGACGGUGGACUUUGAAGAAUGUAUUAAAGACUCUCCACGAUUCAGGGCUGGCAUCAAUGAGGUGGAGACGGAUGUGGUGGAGAUCGAAGCUAAACUAGAUAAGCUGGUGAAGUUAUGUAGCGGUAUGAUCGAGGCGGGCAGGGCGUACGUAAGCGCCAACAAGCUGUUUGUCAACGGCAUCAAAGACUUGUCUCAGCAGUGCAAGAAGGAAGAAAUUAUCUCUGAGUGUCUGGAGAAGUGUGGGGAGAGCCUGCAGGAGAUCGUCAACUACAACAUGAUCCUAUUUGACCAGGCCCAGAGGUCAAUCAAACAGCAACUGCACACCUUCAUCAAAGAGGACGUGCGUAAGUUCAAGGAGACAAAGAAGCAGUUUGACCGUGUGAGGGAGGACAUGGAGAUAGCCCAGGUGAAGAACGCCCAGGCCCCCAGGAACAAACCUCACGAGGUGGAGGAGGCCACUUCCUCUCUCACCCUGACCAGGAAGUGCUUCAGGCACCUGGCCCUGGACUACGUACUGCAGAUCAAUGUUCUUCAGGCUAAGAAGAAGUUUGAGAUCCUUGACGCAAUGCUGUCGUUCAUGCGAGCCCAGUACACCUUGUUUCAACAGGGCUAUAAAAUAUUGGAUGAGAUUGAUCCCUACAUGAAGAAACUAGCUGCAGAGCUGGAUCAGCUGGUCAUUGACUCAGCCAUGGAGAAGAGAGACCUGGAACACAAACAUGCUACCAUACAGCAGAGGACUCUGAUGGAGGACUUCUCCUGUGAUGAUAAUAAGGUGGAGUUCAACGUGGAUGCUCCUAACGGAGUGGUGAUGGAAGGUUACCUGUUCAAGAGGGCCUCCAAUGCCUUCAAGACCUGGAACAGACGGUGGUUCUCCAUACAGAACAGCCAGCUGGUCUACCAGAAGCGACUUAAGGAUGCCCUGACGGUGGUGGUGGAGGACCUGAGGCUGUGUUCAGUCAAACCUUGUGAGGACGGAGAGAGGAGGUUCUGCUUCGAGGUGGUGUCCCCCACUAAGAGCUGUAUGCUCCAGGCAGAGUCAGAGAAGUUACGGCAGGCCUGGAUCCAAGCUGUACAGGCCUCCAUCGCCUCUGCAUACAGAGAGAUAUCAGACAACUACUACAUCGAGCGUCUGGACCGGACAGCCUCCCCCUCUACCAGCAGUAUAGACUCAGCCAGCGAACCCCGGGGGGAGAAAUGGGGGAGAGGGGGUGAGGGCAGGGGGGAGAGCAUCCUCCACCGGGUGCAGACCCUCCCGGGUAAUGAGCUGUGUUGUGACUGCUCCCAGGCUACACCAUGCUGGGCCUCCAUCAACCUGGGAGUCCUACUCUGCAUCGAGUGCUCUGGCAUACACAGGAGUCUGGGGGUUCAUUGCUCCAAGGUUCGUUCACUAACACUGGACUCCUGGGAACCAGAGCUACUCAAGUUGAUGUGUGAGCUGGGUAACAAUGUGAUUAACCACAUCUAUGAGGGAGCCUGUGAGGAACUGGGAGUGAAGAAACCUGGACCUUCCAGUCCUAGACAAGAGAAGGAGGCGUGGAUCAAGGCUAAAUAUGUGGAGAGGCGUUUCCUGAAGAAGAUGAGUGUCAGUGACUCAUUGGUGGAAGGUGAGAGGAAGUCCCGCCCCUGGAGCGUGAAGAAGUGUCAUCGCCACAACAGCUCCGUGCGAGGAGCGCCCAAAACCCGCCGGAAAUACCGACACGACCCCGGUUUGAUUUCACCAGGAAACCUCUCCGCAGCUGCAGCAGCAGCGAAGCUCCGUCGUGACUCUCUGUUUUGUCCUGAUGAGAUGGACAACCUCUUCUCCUACUUCGACACUGGCAAUGGCACCCGCAGCCCUGCAGGUCUGAGCAGUGACAGUGGGCUGGGAGGCAGUACAGACGGGAGCACAGACAUCCUGGUGUUUGGCUCAGUGGUCGACAGUGUCACAGAGGAGGAGUGUGAGGGCGAGUCAGAAGAGGAGGAGUCUAGCGGGGAGGUGGAGAUAGAGCAGGAGGCGGGAUCAGACCCUGAGGAGCCCCUCCCCCCGGGGGCGUUGCUCUACCGGUCGUCACGGCUACACAACCUGCCACUCAUGGCCGAGGCGCUGGCGCACGGGGCAGACGUCCACUCUGCCAGCGAUGAGGAGGGAAAGACCCCGCUCAUACAGGCCGUGACAGGGGGCUCUCUGACAGCGUGUGAGUUCCUGCUGCAGAAUGGGGCUGAUGUGAACCAGAGGGACAUGGGGGGGAGAGGACCCCUCCACCACGCUACCUACCUGGGACAUACAGGUCAGGUGUGUCUGUUCCUGAAGAGAGGGGCUUGUCAGACGGAGGUGGAUGAGGAAGGUCACGACCCUCUGAGCAUGGCUGUCCAGGCCGCUAACGCCGAUAUUGUUACAUUGUUGCGGUUAGCACGGAUGAACGAGGAGAUGCGCGAGGCGGAGGGUCCGUUUGGUCAGCCAGGCGUUGCCAUGGGGACCAGCAGGAAGGUAAAGCGCAAGGAUAGUGUUCGGGAUAGAGUAACACAACAUAUCACAUCUUUCGGGAGUUCUCGCUCAUGGCGUCCCACCAGCCCGAGAAGCUAAAGAGGAGAAUACACUUCAACAACUGCCAGACGUAGUCCAUGAUGACAUCAAAACAUACUUCAGCCACUGCCUGAGGUAGUCCAUGAUGACAUCAAAACAUACUUCAGCCACUGCCUGAGGUAGUCCAUGAUGACAUCAAAACAUACUUCAGCCACUGCCUGAGGUAGUCCAUGAUGACAUCAAAACAUACUUCAGCCACUGCCUGAGGU